CUGCAACCGAACCGGAGCCACACACGUCACUUCCGGUAACAGCCAGCACCACGUGACCGGAAGCAGCCGCUGCUCCCAGAGAGUCAGAAUGUUUGUGUGAGAGAGAGAGAGAGAGAGAGAGACUGGCAGAGGAACAGAGGCAAGUGACAGUCUCAGACAGACAGACAGACAUGUCAAGGGACAGAGAGAGAGACAGGCAGUCACUGGCAGAGACAGGGCUGUGUGAUAAUCAGAUAUACAGAGAUACUUAGAGGGGCACCAAACACAGCCUUACCUUACUGAAGUGGUUAUGGUGCCUAGGUCCUAGCCCCUGCAGUGUCACUGUCUAAUUCUCUGCCAUUUGUAGCUUACACUCCUGGAUCUGGCUUUCAAUUCAGUACAGUUCACUCCUUAAAGGGAAACUAUAAUGCCAAGAAAACAAAGUUGUUUUCCUAGGAAUACACCUCCCUAUACUGCCUCCCUCCCUCCCACUGGUGCAGAAGGGUUUAAAAGCACUAAAUCGGGGUCCAACUUUACUCCUCACCGUGCGAGACAGAAUACGAAUGAGCGGCAAUGGCAACGCUUGCAUUAGGACUUCCCCCAUAGGAAAGCAUUAUACAAUGCUUCCUGGAAUUUUACACAGUUUGGCUCUGUGAAACGGCGCUAGACCAGCAGAGAAAACCCCAUAGGAAAGCAUUGAGGCAAUUAUUUUCUAUGUGAAAGACCUUAUGUGCGUUCAGCUCUUGCCGCGCAUGCACAUUAGGUUUCCUCCCCCCCCCCACCAGUCUGAGGAGACAGGCUGUGACCAUCGGAGCUGGAAUCCAGUGAGUGAAUGGUUAUUCAACCCUUUACAACACCAGCAGGGACCCAGAUGGGGGCUCGGGGGCAGAGAAAAUAAUUAUUGUUAGGAAUACAUUUUUGUAUUCCUAGUACUAAAGUGUUCCUUUAAGGAAUAAACCUAAUUGGAAUUGUAGUGAACUGAAUUUAAAACUGGAUUCAGGCAAAAAAAAAUUGAUUUUGAAAAAUAUGCUAACUUGGCUAUAGUCACAGCUAGCCUGUUUUAGCUUAAAGGGACACUAUAGUCACCAGAGCAACUACAGCUUAUUGAAUUUGUUCUAGUGAGUAGAAUCAUUACCUUCAGGCUUUUUGCUGUAAACACUGUCUUUUCAGAGAAAAUGCAGUGUUUACAUUACAGCCUAAUGAUAAUGUCACUGGCCACUUUUUAGAUGAAUGUUAGAGGUGCUUCCUAUCUCAGUCUUGCCUAGUUUGCAUCACAACAUAUCAGUAUCUCCUUCCUCUGCAUGGAGACACUGAACUUUCCUCAUAGAGAUGCAUUGAUUUAAUUCAUCUCUAUGAGGAGAUGCGGAUUGGCCAGGGUUGUGUUUGACUUGUGUUGGCUCUGCCCCGAUCUGCCUCAUUUACAGUCUCAGCCAAUACUAUGGGGAAGCACUGUGAUUGGCUCUGAACAACACUUCUGAUGAUGUCAGCAGACAUGGGCAGUUCACAAGCACAGCCAGCAGCUGCAGACUUGAAUACAAGUAAAAUUAUAUUUUAUUUAGGGAGGCAAGAGAGGGCCAGGAGGGCUAGAUGGUGGCUUUAACACUAUAGGGUCUGAAAUAUAGGUUAGUGUUCCUGAACCUAUAGUGUUCAUUUAACAACUCAACUUUCUAUUCUCUACCAUUUAGUGAAGGAACCCCUGGUUACAAAGCUGCUAAAACAAUCAUCAGGAAGCACUCUUGUGCCUGCCGUGCAAGGGACAGGUAAUACAAGUACAGGUAUCUAAAAUAUAUGUUUUAAAGCUAAGCAAUUAACCACUUAAGGACACAGCUUCAGAAGCUGGACUUACCUUUAAGGACACAAGCAAUUUUUGCAUAUCUUGCUGUUCAACCACAAUUUGCAUCUCUCUCGUUUAUUUCACUAACACAUAUUAUAUGCCUUUUUUUUAGAGUACAAAAAGGGCUUUAAUUUGAUCUGACAUAUACAUAUAUAAAUUCUCAUUUACCGUAUAUACUCGAGUAUAAGUCAAGUUUUUCAGCACAUUUUUUGUGCUGAAAAAUCCCCACUCGACUUAUAUUCGAGUUAAUGUCUGUAUUAUGGCAAUUUACAUUGCCAUAAUACAGACCAGGACCGCCGGGCUCAUUACAAGCCCGGCCGUCCUGUUGGGGGCUGGCAGAGAGCUGUUACUUACAUUUCCUGCAGCUCCCUUCUCUCUCCUCCGUUCCGGUCAGCUCCACUGUAAAUCUCGCGAGAGCCGCGGGGAACGCUCUGCGUGGUCGCGAGGCUUACAGUGGAGGAGAAGGGAGUUGACAGGAGCUGCAGGAAAGGUAAGUAACAGCUCUCUGCCAGCCCCCCUCCUGCACAGCCCAUCCACUGGACCAGCAGGGAAUGAGAGCCCCCCUCCCUGGCCAGCUAACAAGCAGGGAGGGGGGAGGAAAAUAAAUAUAAAUAAAAAAUUAAAUAAUAAUAUAAUUUAAAAAAUUAAUAUAUAUACAUAAAAAAUAAUAAUAAUUACAAAAAAAUAUAAAAAUGCCCAACCCCCCACCAAGGCUCUGCAUUACAUACACACACUGCACUCAUACACACACACACUGUAUUCAUACACACACUGCAUUAUAUACACACACACUGCAUUCAUUAUAUACACACACUGUAAAUAAAUAUUCAAUUAAUAUAAUUUUUUGGGAAUCUAAUUUUAUUUAGAAAUUUACCAGUAGCUGCUGCAUUUCCCACCCUAGUCUUAUACUCGAGUCAAUACGUUUUCCCAGUUUUUGGGGGUAAAAUUAGGGGUCUCGACUUAUAUUCGGGUCGACUUCUACUCGAGUAUAUACGGGUAUUUAAAAAAAAAAAAAUAUAUAUAUAUAUAUAUAUAUAUAUAUAUAUAUAUAUAUAUAUAUAUAUAUAUAUAUAUAUAUAUAUAUAUAAUUUACAGUUUUGGCGAUAAUAACGUGUGUAUAAUAUGUCCAGCAUAGAAAACAUAAUUCAAAUAAAAUUAAUUUAUGUGUCUUGAUUAAUAGAGUACAUAAUAAAUGUAGGAUUUCAGUUUAUUUUGAAAGUUACAGGUCACAAAAUGCAAGGACUAAAAUAAAAUUUCUGUGUGAAAUAAUUUUAGAAGUUGGUAUGAUUGUCGUAUAAGUUUAAAAGCAAUCACAGAAAACAAAGUUGCCACCGAAAGUAUAUAUUUAUACUCUAGACAAGGGGUCAGCAACGGCACUCAAGGCUGCCAGACAGGCUCUGGCCUAUAAGGAGUCCCAGUGGGACUUCAGAUAUUCGCUAGUCCAACCAACCUGUGAUUGCAGGUAAUGAGGUUCAAUCCUCAAUGUACACAUUGCAGCACUAACAGGAAGUAAUCUCACUUCCUCCCCGCAUAUGUGAACGGGAACACGCGCUGGAGCGCAGCUCCUGCCCUUGAUCCGUACCUGGCCAGCCUGGCUCCACUAGACACCAGGGAAGCCACCCACACUCCUAGAUAUACACAGAGCUGCAGAAGAAGCCUCCUUCUCACGUAAAUAAUACAAACAGCCCACACACAAACACAGUACUCACCAACACAUCACCACUGGCAAUCCAAACAAUACCACAAACUACUCAUGAACUUAUACAAUAUGUUAUUACAAGCACGCAUAAGCACAAAUACAAGGUUACAAAGUAACUACAGCACCCAUAAUAAUACAGCAACAUACACACCUCAAUUUUUAGAAACCUAGGACUGGCACACAAAGGGACUUCAAGAUUCUGUUUUGGCACAGUACUACUAUAAGGUUGCCUACCCCUGCUCUAGACCACAAGGCUGUUUCAGCAGCAUCCUCAUCUAACUAUUGUUCCUUUAUCAUUUUGUAAAUGUCUAAUUUAUUGUUAAAUCAUUCAGAAUAUUGUAAGGCUCUGCGGAAUAGUUGGCGCUAUACUUAUACCAAUAAUAAUAUAAAGUAGACAUCACAGGCUAGUUACCUAAGGUUAUUUUGACACAUGUCCAUGUCCCAUUUUGGAGUAUUCUAGCAGGUUGCUUAUUCCAACUACACCACAAAGGCAUGCCAUUUCUUAAAGAAGACAACCCACGGUGUUUCAAAAGGUAUAAGUCUUUAUUUAUAAUCAACUCAUGAGUGUGAGGAAUCAUGUUCAGAUUAUGAAUGAAACAUAAGACAAGGAAAUACAAGAAGAAAAUGCAGGUGCAGACAAUAAUAAAUAUUUUCUAUACAAAUUAACCCUUGAGUCGAGUUUUUAUAUUAUUAAAAUUAGUGGCAAUUCGAGAUGGGCAGGCUAGUGACCAGCCUUGUGAGCAAUAAGCCUUGAGAAAAACUGCACUACAAUUACAAACUCUGCAUGCAGAGUGAUAAACCAAGGCCAGCGUGCGAGAAAGAAAAUAAAAAAGUGAGUAAAAGAAUAAGAAACUAGGAUGAAUAUGGGUCAAACUUUUCAGGAGUGUGUUGACUGUCCAGCUACUCUGCAGUGCGGGGAAACCAGGGAACUGCAGGCAACAGGCAUAGCUCAUUUGUAAACGCCUGUCAGCUCCGCUAGGAAGUGCCUUUCGUCAAAGACGAGUGAGUAGACGGGGUAGAGAGAAUAUGAGCCAGAGCGUAUGGAAGCAGGGUAUGCCUCUUUCUAGGCUUCCCUUGCAUAAUUCAAAGCAGAAAGGUAUAAGUGUAAAAACUAUUAAUAAUAAUUAAAAAAAAAAACAGAAGCAAACUUUGAAAGCCACAUAUUACUCAUUCAAAUAAAAAGAACCACCUGGUGUCAAUCAGGUGGCCCAUAGCCUUAUUUAGUGACCGUGGCAUAAGUGUCUGGUACAGCCCCCUGGAGUAUGCCUGGCUUGAUCUUAGUCUGGUCCCAUCUGGGUGUUACUUUAGACCCGGGGAGGCCAGGUUGCGACAGAGAGUCCCCUGGCAGACCUAAGGUGCUCAGGAGCACUGCUGCUACUUGCAGAUCAUGGACUGAGUGAGUAGCUUCUCCUUGCUGGAUCUGUAGGGAUCGCAGCGAGCUCCACCUAUAUUGAAGGUUGUUGGGCCGUAGAAGGCUGUAUAGAUUUUCUCCAAAGCAAGGUAUCUCCCGAGAGAUCUUGAUAGAAUGUAAGAGCCAUGUUUUCAAAUGUAUAUGGGGCCUUCCCCUUGAGAGCAGCCUGAACCAUCAUCUUGUCAGUAACAUUGCGCAAGUGUAUCACCAUGUGCCAUUGGUGGCACUCUCCGGGUUUUGGGGAUUAAGAAGAGUCUGUCGAAGGCUAGAUUCUUUGUUUGUUUGGGCGUUAGUAAGACCCCCAUCAGCCUCUGCAGUAAGUGUGUGUAUAGGAGUGUCCUCCGAUUUUUUUUUUUUAAAUUACUAUGGUGCCUAGUAUCCUCCAUGCUGGCAAAAUGCUGUUCUAUGAGUGCUUGCUGUUUUUUAAAGUGUGCACUUCCAGCUGGAGCUCUGCAAGGGAUAGAGCAUGUUUCACUGUGAAGGUCUCCACCAAUCCCAGGCGACAUACGUGUCUUGUUAGGUCAGUACUUUCUUGUUGGAAAAGAAGGGAAGAUACCCCUGACCUCAAGACUAUAAUCCAAAAGAAAGGUAAGGUAAGCAUGAGAUUAUUCAAAUAAGUUAUUUAAAUAGAUUUCUGAUAUAAAGGAACUAAAAGGGGCAAAGUAGUCACUAUAACCCUUUUAUGUCUUUUUAAUGGUUAUAGUGCCUGGAGUUCCUUGGCACUGUCUCUUUAUUCAGUGUUAAACCAUUUUUUUUAGCAAUUUAAUAAUAAAUGAGGUGUCCCUGGCCCCUACACACUUCCUACUAGCCAGAUCCAUUCAUACUUGCAGUGCUCCAAUGUCAGGAUCCACUAAUAUGCCCAACAUGCAGAACUUAAGUAAAAAUAAAGAAAACCCUAAGGCGUAUUACCGGACCUUAGAACGGCGGGAUUUAACGUGGAGGGAAAAAAGUGCAGGACAGGCUGGGGUCAGGGAUACAGAGUGUACGUUAACGGUAGGCAAGCCAAAGGUCAAAGAAUAAAGAAGUCAGAAUAGUCAAAUAACGAUCCAAAGGUCAAGGAAUACAGUAGUCAAAAUAGUCAAAUAACAAGCCAAAAUCAAAAUACACAAGAAACAAUACCGUAAACGUGCUCGCGGUUAACCACAAUGGAAACCACGGCAGGGCACUGAGAAAUGUUCAAAAACGUUUUAAAUAGCCUUAGGUACUCUAGGAUUGGUUGCAGGGGAGCAGGUGACAUCGGAACGUGCGUUUGACGUCACAUGCAUGUUCCCAAUGGCCAGGGACUAAAGGGUUAACAUGAGCUUUAAAAUCACUGUAACUCUAAGCCUUUUUCUCAGAGCUAUCGAUUGGAUAGCCCAGAAUGAGAAGUUUACAUGCAGAGUCUACACAUGACACACAACUUGGGCUGAGAUUUCCUCACAAGAGAGACAACGUCAAGCUAUAGACUGUUUCUCUGCUCAGAGCAAUAUAAGAUAAGAUACCUCAAUUCACUGAACUAUAGUGAUUAUGGGGCCUGGAGUGCACUUUUAAGGCAUUAUUUUUAUAAUGCAUUACAAAUAAUGAGUAAUUAUUAUCCCAUAGUUGCUCAUAGUGAUUAGUGGAAGGACAUGUAAGUCUCUUUAAAAUGAGGAAUUGCAAGGGAGUGUUUGUUUAUAGGGAGAAUCUCUGAGAUUGUAUGGCCGUGGAUUCCGGAGUUUAGAUGUACCUUGAAAAAAGAUCCCACAGACAGGAGUGGCAUGGUUUAAUCAAAGAUUAAAAGAUGAGGAUUUUUGAAAGUAAGAUGAGCCAGGUGGCUGCACCUUUUCUACAAUUUUGACAGCAAGGUAGAUAAGUAGAUUGUUUUGGUAAAUAAUACGGUAAAUAGAUAAGUUGUCAUCACAGUAAAUAAGGUAAUGAGUUAGUUUUUUUGUGUGAACAAGAAAUGUAGGAUUUAAAAUGCUAGGUUUGAGGUAGAUGUGCCUGUAACUGAUGAUGCUUCAAAACUAUGAAUUGACACCAAUAUAGUCAAAUACGUUUGGUUAGUUAUGGAAAGGGUAAUAUCGUUACUAAGGAGAGUGCGUGGGUAGUGAUGAGGAAGUGGAGAGACAGAAGUUUAUUAGUUCACUUUUAUAGUUUCAGGUGUCAUUGGGCAUAAAAAAAAGUUAACAGGAAGGCAGUUGGUGACUUCAGAUAUGAGCGAACUGGCAAGUAUUGACUGCUAUUUAAAAAAUAAAAAAUGAUCUGCUGGUGGACCAGAAUGAUAAGACCUACACCAUCUCACCGAUGGUCGAUGCUUCCACCUUUCUGCAAAUGCUGGGACUCUCUGGGGACUCAUUGUUGCCAUGGGAGCACCACCAAUAGAAUGUUGGCACUAGUAUGUCCUUUGUGCCGGGACCCAGCAUGUCUGUGGCAGAGAAACGCCCACCGUGGUGCAAUUUAGCAAUACUCAAUGCUACUGUUUUGCCCUAGAUCUGCAAACUCUCCCCCUCUAUCUAUCUCUCCUGUACCUUGUGUCAAUCUUACACUUUUGCCACUUUUUCACUUCUAAGUUUAUAUAUCUAUAUAUGUAUAUCUAUAUGCUGUCUAUUUCCAUGGCUACUUAGAAACAUAGAAACAUAGGAUGUGACGGAAGAUAAGAACCAUUCAGCACAUCUAGUCUGCCCAAUUGUACUUCUGCUGCCUUUGUAUGAGAAAUGUUAUGCAGCCACUUGCUUAAAGGACCACUAUAGUCACCCAGACCACUUCAGCUCAAUGAAGUGGUCUGGGUGCCAGGUUCACCAGGUUUUAACCCUUCAGAUGUAAACAUAGCAGUUUCAGAGAAGGGUUAAUCCAACCUCUAGUGGCUGUCUUCCUGACAGCCGCUAGAGGAGCUUCUGCGACGGUGAAUGCGAAAAUUGCAUUCAGCGUGCAGAACGCGAAAAUUGCAUUCAGCGUGCAGAACGUCCAUAGGAAAGCAUUGAGUAAUGCUUUCCUAUGGGCGUUUUUAAUGCGAGCGCGGCUCCGCAUUUGGCUCCACUCGGGAGCUGAUGUCUGAGGGGGUGGAGAGGUCACCAGUGCCGAGGGAGCCAGGCGUUAGAUUAAAGUAAGUAGCUGAAGGGGGGCCCUGAGGGAGGGGGGGACCUAAGGGUUAUAUAGUGUCAGGAAAAUAAGUUUGUUUUCCUGACACUAUAGUGAUUCUUUAACCAAAAAGAAAAAUGUGGUUAUUUUGGCUAUUUGUGUUUUAAUCUUUUGUGAAUUGAGGCACCACUUUUAAAAAUAAAGAAUGGAGAAUUUUUUUUUAUAAAGUUACCAAGAGAAGAGGUGCUGAGGUAGAAUGGUGAAAUAUCAAAGGCUGAUGAUUUUAGGACAAAAAGAGUGGAAAGCGGAUGAUGGUGACGUACUGCGAAGUCACAGCGUGCUCAGUUUGAUUUAAGCCAGGCAACAGCUGCAGCAUCAUAAUUAUGGAGUACAACUAACUGAGAUAAAUUUGGUGAUUAGCAUUGAAAUAUUCUAAGGAUGAGUAGGUAACGCAAAAAAACCUUACACAUUAGUGAUCCUGCAAGUAUCUGGGACCCCCAAUUUCAGUCAAAAAUCUUGAAAAUAGUUUGAUCCUGAACUGGCAGAUUUUAUCUGCAGCCUACUAGUACCAUAACCACUACACUGACAUGUCGUGGUUAUGGUGCUUAGACCACACCUUUUGCAUGGGCAAGUUGGAACAUUUGUUCCAGGCUGCCUGAUUGACAGGCUUAGAGAUGCAACAUUUUUUUUUUUUUUUUUUUACAAAUUUCUGUAGUUCCAAGCCCCUCCAAGAGAUAAUGUAAAGUUGUGAUUGUGCUUCGAGUGAUCCUUUUAGUAGGUUUAAUUAUCACUAACCUAAUAACAAAGGUAAACUUAAACAGUUGGCUUCUUCACUAUAAUACUCAAUUUUAAAUAGAUUUUACCUAAACCGUAACCAGACCUUAAAUUGAAACUCAUACACCUAUCUUCCUAAUACCAGCUCACUCUAUGCCAUGAGUUAUACGCUAACCAUAUACUCUAAAAUAUGACUUGUUUCUGUAACCCUAGCCUUCAAAGUAGAGUUAGUGUUUGGGAUGUGGGAUUACACUGAAGUGGUCAUGGUGCUUCGAGUCUGCAUGUUCAGUGUUUCAGUAAGAAACCGUACACAUACAGUAAUAAUUAACUUUGAUACUGGAGCUAAAAGUCCACCUCCAGCUGCAUCAUUCUCAAUCCCGAGCAAGAGUUCCUAAAUCUUUGAAUUGAUUGCAUCCAUUGUCAGUAUGGAUAACAUGCUGGUAACAGACAACCAGUGGUGAAACAGCCCCCGCUCCCUGUGUCACCUUAAGUCCUCUCUCAUUCCUGCCUCCCCCUGCAGUGCUGUGGAAUGAUGGCACAAACAGAGGGUUGGUCUGUCGGGACCAAAUGGCUUCAGCACAGAAUUGCAGGUACAUUUCACAAAAAACAGGGUUUUAUCAAAACACUAGUUAUGGUUGGAGAAACCCAUAAGAUAUUAUGGUACAGAAACAUCCGAUCCUUAUUAUUCUGGGUAUCCCAGAAGUUUUCAUCUGCUUUCCAGCUGUAGAUUAAUAAAUAUGUUAAUUGCUAGAAGUGUUAUCAACAACCUGAUGAAAAGGCUUUUUGCAGGAUGAAGUCUGGAACACAGUGCAUCUCUGCUGAUUUGCAUGUCAAACUGGGAAUUCUGGGAUAGUUGUGGAAACAUGGUUUCUUCAGUUUCUGUGCACAUUGGGAACUUUCUAAAGUCCCAUGUGUGAUAUGCAGUGAUGCACAAUAGUAAUUGUUCUAUGAUAUAUCAUAGGAAUUAAUUAUUUUACCUUUGACCACUUAGUCUGUCUGACUUAAUGUGGCUCACACCCAGAGAAGUGACAUAAUGAAGUGUUAUAUCACACAUGUUCAUUAGGUGUCACUGCUUAUAUCAGAAGAACGAGAACGCAACCAUUAAGAGGGUUCACUGAACUAUGAGCUCCAUGGAGUCCGCACCACUUCCCCUUCAACCCUCUGAAGCAGAUGACAUUAUUCAGGGGUAAGUGCAUUAUGAGUUAUAGUUAUUUUGGAAUGGGAAGUUGUACGAUUAUUAUAUAGAAACGUUAUUGUUUUUAAAAAUUUUAUUUCCAGUGGUUAAUCUUUAACCCUUCUACAUUUUAUUUCCAACGGUUAACCUUUAACCUUUUAAUUGUUUGCAAAACAGAGCUUUACUGUGUAAUUUAGUAUCCGAGAUCUUCGAAGUUAGAAGUUAAUAGCAUGCAUUUCUCACUGGGCUAUAAUUUACAGUUUAUUUGUACUUUUUAAUAGCUUUACUUUUUUAAAGAUUCACUUCUAUUGAGCAUACUCCAGUUCUCACAUUUUGGUUAGAGAAAUAUAGUAAAUUAUUAAUAAUAUGCCAACCGUUGAAAAAUUAUCUGCACACCAGCAGUCACACUGUUCAACAUGUAAAAAUAAUUUUCAUUGAAAUGUAUAUCUUGGUAAAUUAUCACUUACCAGUAUAUUUAAUAUUUUCUUUACUUAUCCUCUACUUAUCUACUCUAAUUUUGAAUAUAUUUCUUUGCUGUUGGAGUAGAUUUUUUUUCAGUGUAGAUUACUGCCCAUCCUUUGUUAAAUAAAUAUAAGAAAAAUAAAUAAAUUGUUAAAUGUACCUGUAUUCCAGUGCUAAGAUAGUCUUUACUCAGCAUCCCAAUCCUCCCAAUGUAAGAUCACCAAGCCUGAUAAUGUAUUGUCCAAUAAGAUGCAUUUCACAAAGAAGUGUUGGAGAUCUAUGGACCUUGUGUGGCAAUCACCAAACUCCACCAAUCUCACAAACGUGAAUACCUUCAAAACUCGGAGGUCUAAAAGGAGCAAGCAGCUCUUCCGGAGACCUGACUGCAACUAGCGGCACUUUUUCCUUUGUUUCUCAGAAAUAGCAGGAUUUUUACAUUGUCUGCGAAAAGGGACAGCAGACAAUGCGCCAAAACCACUAUAUGAAGUUGUAGUGGUUUUGAUGCAUAGAGUUUUCCAUAUGCAUUUGAGAGGUUUAGCAAAUAAAAUUAAAUGCAGAAAUCUACACUGCUGUAUCCUAAAACUGAGUGACACCUUCUUGGCACCUGUUAAUCAUUGUUGUCAGUAUUGCCCUUUGUACCUUUCAAUCGAGCGAAUAUCAAUAGAAACAGAUGAAGAUACAGCUGAGGAUGAAAAAAAAGCAUAUGAUAGUGUUAUACUGUUAUAGUAUAUCAGGGGUGCCCAAAAUGCUGAUCCCCAGAUGUUUUGAAACUACAACUUACAUAAUGCUUUAUCAUUCUAAAAGUAUUCCAAGGGAGUUGUAGUUCUACAACAUCUGGAGAUCUACUUAUUCGGCACCCCUGUAGUAUACAUCAUACUGGCAAGUAACACUCACAAUUUGUAAGGGGCACAUAAAAUCCUGCGGGGCUUAUCCGUUUUAACCCUUUUUUUUCUUGAACUCCACUGCAUAAUUCUGCAGGAUUCAGCAGGUAAUAGCAAAGGCUUCUAUUAUUAGAAUAAAAGUUGCAAUAUAACAACAGUUCCAACACAUUUCUUCACUCGGACAGGGCCUUCCUCAGGGUCCAAUAAUGUAAACAGGAGUCUACUAAAAUCAUGGUACAUUCAGAGUUAUCAUUAGAUAUAAGGCAACACUUUCUAACUACGUCCCAAUUCCAAAAUACUAUACUAAGUAUAAAGCCAGCACUUUGAUAGCUUUAUCUAUUUAAUUCCAGAGUGCUUACCGAGAACAAAAGUAAAUUCAAGACACCAAAUCAGAUUGGAUUUUACAGGUAAAGUGUUUUCUACAAUAAUAUAUAUUGAAUAUAUUUUGAAUUUUCCCAGAUACUACUGAAAAUUGCAUUGUACUGCAGGUUAUGUUAUAAUUUAGGAGCGAUAUUGAUUUGUCUUGGUAACUUCCAUCUUCUGUACCAUUACUGAUUAUUAUUAUUAUUAUUAUUAUUGCCAUUUAUAUAGCGCCAACAGAUUCCGUAGCGCUUUACAAUAUUAUGAGAGGGGAGAUUUUACUAUAAAUAGGACAAUUACUAGAAAACUUACAGGAACGAUAGGUUGAAGAGGACCCUGCUCAAACGAGCUUACAGUCUAUAGGAGGUGGGGUAUAAGACACGUUAGGACAGGAAAUAGCAAUCAAAUAAGGUGGGAGUGAAGCAGAGCUGGAGGAGAUGGUGGAGUGCUGCCCUAGAGGAGAGAGCAAGAGACAGGUAUGUAAGGUAGAGGUUACUCUGGGAGGCCAUGAGCUUUCCUGAAGAGAUGGGUUCUAAGGGUCUGCUGAUAAAUGAAAUCAGCUCAGGUAUAUAAGUACUGUUUAGCAGUAUGAAUGCAGAGUAAAGACAUUGGCUUUAUGCCAGUAGAUCUGUAAGCAAAUGCGUGUAAAGUCAAACAAAAAUGCUAACUUGCUUCCGACCAGACAUGGACAACUUGUUUAUGGAUUAUCAAGUAGAGUAUUAGCAGCAGUACCUCACUGAUGAAGCUUGUGAUAGACAAGAGUUCCUCGGGUGGCUGUAUGGCUGGAUCUUUCAUGGUGAGGGACCUGUCUAGCAUUUUGGUUCUAGACUCUGGACAGUCUCAUUUGCAGAUGGUAUAGACAUUCUGAGUGAGAAUUCCAUUUUUGGCUAAUCUUGGUUGGUGUCUCUUAAGCUUUUUUUUUUACUUUUUAUUAUUAUUUUUAUUUAAUGGUGACAUUUUUUAAUUGUAGUAUCGGACAUUUUAAUGUAUGUGGCAAUAGGUCCUCCAACAAGGCUCUCUAAUUUUAUUGUUUUCCUGCUCGUUGAGCAGUCCUAUGUGAUGAAUAAACUAUACUACUCGUGAUAUGUUCAGUAUUAAUAAAUGAUUUUCAUACAGACGGCAGAAACUCCUACUCCCUGGUCAGUCUUUAUAUCAUGCUCAGUUGGACACUUUUAAGAUUGAUGAUGAAGGUGCUUCCCUCAGAAUCAUUCACCAGGACACCAACGUAAGUGUGCAAUAAAUGUGCUUAUACAUUUGGAUCUCAUAGUCAAAACACUGCAUGAUAAAUUUAACACUUUAAACCACAAGCAUUAAGCGUCUAUAAGGGGCACUGACAAAAACAUUUAAAAAAAAUUUCUUGCAGGUUCCAUAUCAGCUACAAGUCAUUGCACUGAAAGGUGGUAUUGUGAGGCUGAAAAUUAAAGAGUUUUCCCCGUUGAAGUCAAGAUACGAGGUCUCUGAUGUCUUAAUUAAAGAGACAGCCACUGAGAGGUUAGACCAAAACAUUAUUAUAUUUGUAUAGCGGUACACAUUUCUGCUCUGGAAAUAUUGGCUUUUUCUCGAUCACUUUUGUAAAUGCGAGCAUUUUGUGUGUCGUAUUUGCUGUAACAUUAACUAUAACCAAAGGAAAAAUUAUAUUUUUGAUAUUUUGAUCCAAUUAAGUCUUCAUAUAUAAAAGGAACAGAAAGUUUACUAUCCCUGUUAAUACCCAGAAUGGGUAAUGACUUGUUGUCAAUUAAAUCCUAUUGUAAUCAUAUUAUAAUACUGUUAUAAUGUAAUAUCCUGGGCGCUACAUAAAUACUAAUAAAAAUAUUAAUAGGAAAAUUCUAAAAUAUUAGAUUAAAGCCCAUGGGUUUCUUCUUUUCUGCUUUCGUGCUAGCUUGUCUAAUUAUACAUCCCUCUGUCUGUAACAAUAUGUAAUCGUUAUAUAAAUAAAUAUAUAUUAAAUAUUAAACGUAAUAUUAAUUAUGAUUCACUUUCAUAUGUUUUGCUCAGUGCGUUCCUAACAUGAUUAGUUAGCACAUAACAUUGUAGUCAUACUGUUCUCAUAAAAAAUGAAUUCCUUAUAAAGAUACACAUGGUGACACUUUUGUUUUUCCAAGUAGGUUUCUUGUUCUGUGGGGUUUAUUCGCUAAAUCAGGAUAUGUGGAGAACUGUCUAGUUAGUGAAUUGCCCAUUUAAAACGAAAAUGUCCACAUUGCAAAAGCAGCCAAGUUGUGAAUUUUGCCAAUUAUGGACAGUUUUAAGUCUCAUGUGUAUUAAAUCCCAAGCCUGCUACUUUUUAGGGAUAUGUUAUGUGAGGUCUUGUAUGUUUAGCGUCCCAUAAAAAUAAUAUGUACGCAAUUAGUAACACUGUAUUUAUGAUCUAAUUUCUCUUCUGCUGCCACUAUAUUCUUGAUGUGCUCUGAUACCAGCUUCAGCUGUGACAGAUAAUCUGCUAUUUAUGUCAGCGCUCAUCUACUGUCUUGGCAUUUAAUAGUAGCACUGAUGGCUACUAUGUGGACAGAUGUCGAAUGUCAUGUUCAAGGCCUCCCCAUGCUAGUGGUAGCCACUGCCUUAUUUGCUUGCAGUUAAAAGGUGAUAGUUUACUAGUUACCUGCAGGUGUUUUAUGUGGUGAAAAGCGUGGUAAUGUUUUGUAAUGCUGUUCAUCCUCAGGUUUAGUGUGUCCAAACAGGAAUCGGACAACGUAGUUUUGGACUACCAGAAUGGCCUGUAUAAGCUGCAUAUCGCCGCCUACCCGUUCUCCGUCACUGUAACACAGGAUGAAAAGGCCUUGCUCGGUAUAAAUUCCCAGGGCCUUUUGUACUUUGAGUCUGGAGUCUCAUCACCACCUGGAAGGUAGGGAAGUGCAGUUAAGCAAAGCAGGGUUACAUAGUUCUGCUUGUGUGACUUUCCAUUUAAGAAGGAUAUAGAAUGUAUUUGCUGGGUAAAUAAGAUAUUACUGCUAGAAAAAUACAGAACGAGCACAGCCCACCUGUGAGUAAAUACAUUUAUUUCCAGAGACCUAGAGCUCAGUCUGACUGUGUGUCCUGUAUUUUGUCUCCGUUAUUUGUCCAGGAAACUUGCCUUCUUUGUAUUGAGAUUUUCUGGUACUUGAUACAGGCGUAUUUAUAUCUCUUAAUCUGCUGUUUUAUUUGUUUUUCAUAUUUUAACAGUGUGGCUACAGUAGGUGAUAUUGAUGCACCACAAGAUUCUUCCAAGGUAAAGUUCACUACCAGGGCAGCUACCAAUACUAUGUACUGAUAGCAGGUUAGGGAUUCCCAUUGUGUCAGUAAUAUUUAUCAUCUGUAAUUUCUUGACCAAGUAUAUAAAUUAUUUGUUUAUACGUUCAGUGGGGAGAUAUAUUUUUUAAUUCAAUAGUGAAUUGUUCAUCAUGUUUUUAAAUGUUAUUUUAGUAGCAACUGGCCAUAGUUAAAGGGACACUCCAAGCACCAAAACCACCACACCCACUGAAGUGGUUAUGGUGCUAGGAAUACCCGUGCACCAUCCCAGUGUAAUUUGUCAAACCAGUUUACAACAGUUUGACAAAUUUCUCCUGGGUCUGGCAGUGACUCCUCAAACAUGGCAUUUAUCUUGCACCAAGUUAGAGGUGCUGAGUCUGUUACUUUAUAUUGUUUCCGUGUUUGCAACGAAUAUAGGUUGUUACAUCCUUUAAAUCUGCAGCAUUUUCCCUCUCCUCCCAGCAUUUUACCCCACCAGCCUUUUAGCUUUUUUUUCCCUCUCCUAUACUUUCCAUAUUGUCCGUUAGAUUGUCCUCUUGUGCCUUCUAACCCUAUGCUCCUUCUUCUUUUCAACUUCAAGACAUGAGUUAGAAUAGAAUAAAUAUAGAAUUCAAAGUGAAUUUCAAGUUUCAGGCCAAACUAGCAGAACUGGCAUCCUGACUGCCUUAGAGAAUAUUUCCAAUUCAACUAUUUUAACCUUAAAUCUGAAAUUCACUUUGAAUGAACUCUUUAAGUCUCUCUUUUUCUUCACCAGCCCUGCCCCUCAGACAUUUGUUCCAGUUCAUCUUUCAUCUGAUCAUCACGAUGUCUCACUUUAGCAUGUAUUCACUGUUAGGUCCAUCUUUAUUGAUUCUCACAAUUUUAUUCCAAUGUCUUCUCUAUUACAACAGGAAGAGUUUGGACUCUGGAAAGAAGAAUUUGGAGACUUUUUGGACCGUAGUAAGUCAUUCUUUCUUUCAAUGAAUCAAAUAUUGAUUCCUUAAACUGCCAAAAUGUACCUCCAUAUUUUAAUUCUUCACAGGUCUAACUUCUGUGGGGCUUGAUUUUUCACUUCAUGGCUUCGAGCAUGUGUAUGGAAUACCGGAACAUGCAGAUACACACAGACUCCAAGACUGUGGGUGAGAUUAUAGUGUGGUUCUAUAUAUUUGUGUAUGAGUUAGGGUUGUGAUUCAUAAAAAAAUACUUUUGCCGUUUCACCAUCUCUGGUAAGAUAUGUUCUUUAUGAAAUAUAUUACUGUUUUGUAUAACAGACAGGUGUGCUGAAAAAGGCGCUUAAAUAAAACAAUACGUGAAAAAAGAGAGCAGCUGUGUAACACUCAGUGGAUAUCCGCAAAUCCACAAAAACACAAACUUCCACUCAAUCGUUAGGUAAUAAACCACACCAGAUAAAACAUAAAAGUGUGAGUGCAGCACUUAUGGCAUGAACACUUAUCCCGCCUCAUAUAUUCAAGGGAUUAUCACCAUGUACAUAUAGAGUAAAGAUAAAAAGAAAUACAAAUAGUGCAAUAUUGUUUAAACCAUAAAAAUAUACAUAUAUUAGGUGAGUGUAUGUAAAACUCACAUUUACCAGAGCCUUUUAGCAAUAUAGGCUCUAAACAGAAACACUUCUGGGCCUUAAUAGGUAGUAGCCUAUCCACUCACCAAAUCUGAGAGGAUCAGUAGAGCUUUUGAGCCCUGACUCAAUCAGGAGCAAUUUGUUUGGCAAAAAAGUGCCGUUUUGAGGAACUCAACUCAUCGCGGGUUGACUGUUUUUUAAUUUUUACAUUUAAAUAGACUGUGCAUGGUAAUAUAUUAAUGACUUAAAAAGAGGAAUAGUUGACUUAUUUUACACGAACACUUUUUUUUGUCGGUAGUAGUACUAAAUUCAGCUACCUCCCUAUAUAAAAUGUGUUUACAUACAGUCAUGGGAAAAAGAAAGUACACCCUCUUUAAAUUCUGUGGUUUUACAUUUCAGGACAUAAUAACAAUCAUCUGUUCCUUAGCAGGUCAUAAAAUUAGGUAAAUAUAACCUUCACAGUAACAAUAGGACAUGACAUAUUACACCGUGUACUUUAUUUUUUCCAUGUAGACCAUUUUGGUUAUUUAAAAAGUGUCUAAGAAGUUCUUCUGUCAAAAAAACACCUUGCAAAAUAAAACAAUAUUAGGGGCUUCUCUGUUUAUUAAUAUAAAUAACGGUACACAAAAUCCCAAAAGUUCAUGUAAAAACUCCCAAAUGUCCUACCUAGAACCACCACUUGUAGUUUAAGGAUGUAAGAGACCCUUACUUGCAGCAUUGUGAUUCUGUUGGAAUUCCACCAGUGAAGCUAAGAACACAAAAAAACAAAUGUCUUCAAAAGGGUGGACACACAAAAUAAUUGUGUUUGUUGUGGAAAAAUAGUUUGAAACACGAGAAAAAGUUUGGCAAACUAGGAGAGCCCACAACCAUACUAAGACACCAGCCACCUAGACAGUAUCUUCUGACUGUUGUACAAUGUACAAAUCGGCAAUCCUAAGCUACCACCACUAUAGAGAUAAAUAAAACCAUGUAUUUUCUAUCUUUAUCCCAGGGACAGCGAGGUAUACCGUCUGUACAAUCUGGAUGUGUUUGGCUACAGUGUCUGUAAUAAAAUGGGGAUAUACGGAUCAGUGCCACUGCUCUUGGCACACAAACCUUCACACACCUGCGGGAUUUUUUGGCUCAACUCCUCGGAAACGAUGGUGGAAACACACUAUAAAGCGUCUCUGCAGGUAGAACAUGCCAGAUAUUACCUAAAAAAAUUAGACUUCAUCAUCAUUUCCAUGGGAUGCUGAUGCACAAAGGGAUAGACCUGUUAGUAUCAAAGAGUCAAUUCACCACCAAUUUAACAUUCAUGUUCUUUAUGUGCAUUACAGAACCUACUAUUUGACCAGUAUUAGAAAAAUGUAUGUUUCAUAACUGAUGGCAAACAAUUGUAUUAAUCUGGAACUAGACAAGCAUCAAAUUAAAAUAGAAAUACACCAACCCAGUUUAGACGUUUAUAGCCCUUAUGAUACCGAUACAUGGUAUGAGAAAUGGGUUAUUCCAAGCAUCACUUCAGUGAUAUGAAUCGGUCAUGGUGUCUGGGGACUGUACAGGGUUGAACCCCUCUGCUGCCAGAGAUGUAAGUCUAUCUCCAGCAGCGCCACGGAGGCGUCAUCAGCCAGUUAAUCUAAAUUCUGUGCAUAUUUCUAUGCACAAGAUUGCAUUCAUUUUCUGAGUAGUCAGCUGAUGCUCUCAGUCAAUGAAUGGAGUGGACAUCUGGUUUUUGCAGAUCUUCAGAAGCUGGAUACGUGUCACCAGGGUAGGUAAGACCCACAACACCCGGUGUCGACCCAGGUAAAAAGGCAAAAUGAUUAGUCCCUUUGCCGUGAUACAGGGCCAGGGUACUCUUUACAUCAUAACCCCUAGUGGGCUGUAGUAGUUAUGAUGCUUGCAGGAACCCUUUAACUCACUUUCUAUAAAGCAUGAUCACACAUUAGUGUGAAAUUAUUAUUUUUUAAUAACUUAUUGCUUUCCCUUUUACAUUUGAAUGAUUUCUAUGAUUCUUGCCCAGACUGAAUUGUCCCAAGCUGCUCCAGUUACACGGAAGAAGAAAGCUGUGCCCAUGGUGGAUGUUAGAUGGAUGUCGGAGAGCGGAAUAGUGGACGUGUUCUUGUUAUUAGGUCCUGCUCCUCAGGAUGUGUUUAAUCAGUAUGCACAGCUCACAGGUAAUAGUCAUGCUGUUUGUUUUCUUUAAUUCAUAGUUUAUUGGAGGGUGAGAAAAAAACAUGUAGGUAGCUUGUUCAACCAUAUACUUAUAAAAGUCAUUAGAGUAAGAGCGCGUGUUCAAUCACACCAGAGUCAUUAAUAAUCUGUUAGUUUUAUGGAAGGGAACAAAUGAGGACAGGAACAUUAAUUAUGAGAACACAAGUUUCUAUGCUGCUGCUUUUAAAGCCUGCUGUAUUUUUACUUAAUACUGAAUUUCCAAUCUUCUAACACGGUCAGGGUUAGUCACUAAGCUCAUAAUUUUCACAAAUUAAAUCCAAACAGGAAAACUGAUGACUAUGGUUGAGUUAGAGAUUUUAUUUUCCAAAUCAGCUUUUUUUGCCUCACUUUUGCCAUUCAUAUUUAAUUUGCACAAUUUGGGAGUUUAGUGAAUAAUCCUGUGUGCAUGACGUGAUAUCAAAAACCAAAGAUCAGAUGUGAUUACAGGUUUUUUUUAAUCCAGUAAAUUUAUCUGGAAGAUUUAGAGGACUGAUUAAUACCUCUUUGAAGGACAGAUUGCAGGAAUAAUUGUGAUUGUGAGAGACAUUGCUGGACACAGCCGGCUACCUCUUUCACUCCAUCUUGGCUGAGAUCCUGUUGGCUGUGUACUUUGGACCUUUAUAAGAAAAUCGAGCACUCUGUAAAGGCGGUAAUUGCCUGUGGUCCUUCUCCUUCCCACCAAACCUGAAACCUAGUUUAUAGAAUGUACUCUUAGGAACAAGAGAUCCUUCCACUUUGUGGUUUUCCAGAUCUAUGUGUAUACAGCUGCUGCCAUUCUAAUUCAGCCAUCUACAAAUCAGGAGAGGAGCUGAAGAAACAGAAAGAGUUCAGUUACUUCUCCCCAGCUUCUCUGCCAGGAUAUCAUCAGAAGAGAAGCAAAUUGUAGCUGCAGCCCAGGGUGUUCCUACCGGUACUCUUGUUCCAAUUAGGCUAACAAAAUAUCUCAGUAUGUGCGCCAUUUCAUUCUGAAAUGCUGCACACACAGGGUCCUUGCACCAUGACAACUUCAAAACACAGACGUGGUCAUGGUGCUUGGAGUAAUCAUUUCAGAUGGCUUAUCUGUCAUGUAUUUGUGUGCAAUGUCAGGGACCCAGGCUUUUCCUCCUCGCUUUUCCCUGGGCUAUCACCAGUGCCGCUGGAACUAUGAGGAUGAAGCAGACGUGGAAGCAGUGGAUUCAGGUUUUGAUGAACACCACAUCCCCUACGAUGUCAUCUGGUUAGACAUUGAACACACUGAUGGGAAGAGAUACUUCACGUGGGAUCCAGUUAAGUUCUCAGAUCCACUUCAGAUGCAGAAGAAACUACAAGAAAAGAAACGCAAGGUAUGGUAGACUUGAAGCGUAAGGUUCUGUAGAACACACAGUAACACAGCAUUGUAAUCUCAUAGAGAUCUGCAGUGGUAAAUACUGCAGCCAUUACCAUACAGAAUAUAUUGUUUUACUUCUGUUUACAUUCACUUCAAGUAUUUUCUUUCUAUUUCAGUUAGUCGUCAUUUCCGACCCUCACAUUAAAGUUGAUCCGAAUUAUUCACUGUAUGCAGAAGCCAAGGAAAAAGGUUUCUUUGUGAAGGACAGAAAUGGGGAAGACUUUGUUGGAACCUGCUGGCCAGGUUAGAAUUCUUUUACAUCCACAAACUCUGUUAUAUUAAAUUACUUUGUUUAGCAGGGACAAUAAAGAGUGUGCAUAAGACGUUAGCGUCAGUUUUGUGUGAGCUAUUGGGAAUUAUACACUAAGCCACGAUAUUAGAAUAAUUGGCAAAGGAAUUGAAAAUAUUAGACCAAAAUAUCCAAGCUGAAUUAACUCCAGCUCGGUUCUUUUGGUCUAAAUCUCUCUGCCGUUGGUCCUGACCUCUCUCAUUCAUCCUUCCAGCAAGUCUGCCUCUGAAAAACAAACAUUCUCUUACAACAAAAAGGUAUUCAGUAUUCUCUGUGGAAGAGAUAUGAUAUAAGAAAACAAAUAAAAAAGAUAUCUGAAAUCCACAUGGUAAAAAAAAACCAUAAAACAAGUAUUAUGUUCUGCUUCUUAAAAAUGGCAGUUUAAAACUAGUUAAAAAAGCUAAUAAAACAUAAACUAUUCUGCUAUUUAGUAUAGUUAAAGGGACACUUUAAUUCCAAAAUGAAAAAUAAAAACACUAUUUAGUAGAUAUAUCCCCAAUGAAAACGUAUGUAUUUAAUAAUGCAUUUUUUUUUAUUGGCGGUAGAUCUAAACACAGCUUUAAAAAGCUCAACAUGAAGUCUGUGCAAGGACACACUCUUCAUCAAGCUAAAGUGCUUUAGGCCCCUGGAGUGUUCUUUUAACACAGUUUAUAACAGGAUGUUCUAGUGAUUGACAACAGAGAUUCAGUUAGAAGAUUUUUCUUAACUCCUUCAAGAUCACAUGGACUCUGCAAAGGAAGAUUUAACCCAUUAUUAGGCUUGUUAAUCUAGAGCCUGUUUGGGGAACUGGAAUUAAAGUUGGGUUAUGUGUUUGUUGUAUGCGAAUCAGCAUCACUGUUAAUAAUAAAGUGUAUUAUUACAAAUGGGAAAAAAUGGGAUGUAAAGCAGCAGUCACAAGUCACAGCAUUGUUCCCUUUUAACCUAAAUUAUUUUUUUUUAAAUAUAUUUAUCGCUAAAUUUUGGUUCCCUUAUAAAUAAGGACAAUUAUAGUGUUGCCAUGUUGUUCAUUGUAAUUUAUAAUUCUUAAAAGCAGUGCAUUUUGAUAUAUAGUCACUUAUAACACCGUACAUUGUGAUAUAUAAUCAUUUAUUUCACUUAAAAGCAGUGUAUAAUGCAGGGCCAAUGUUCAGCAUCUCCAUGAUCUGCAUAGAGAUGUUAAAUGCUCCUCAUAGAGAUGUACUGGUUUAAUGUAUCUCUAUGAGGAAAUGCUGAUAGUUGCAGUGUUGUGAUUUGCUGCACAUGCACAUAGCCUCCCAAUGCUUUCCUGUGAGAUUGAUGAUCUCAGCCAGCAGAGGUGGGGUGGGCGCAUGAAGGGGCCUGAGAAUAUAAUUAGUUAGUAGAACACAUGUUUGUAUUCCUAAUGUUAAAGUGUUCAUUUAACAAGCUAACACAGAAGACCUAAUGCAAUCUGCUAAAAUAAGGUUGGCUUAAUAAAAAAACAAAAAAUAAGUCCCAUCAAUAAAAGUGGCAGUACAUAUCCUCUUUUUAAAAUAUAUCAAUAAAAAUAUGGAAACUGUUUAUAUGAUGGUGCCCUCAAGAAUUACACCAAAUAUUAUAUUAAUUUCAUAUAGCACACACUCAUCAAUCAAUUCCCUAAAUUUAGCAUUUUUCUUUUCUGACAUACCACAUCAUUGUUCGGGAUAUAAUACCCCAUAGCUUCUACAGCACCACAAACACUUUAUAACACUGUGUAUCUAACAAUAGUAGUGAACAAAUAACAUAGAGCACACUAAAGUGGCAAAAAACCAACACCACAUAUUAUAAACACCCUACAAAAAGAAAAAAACAUUUAUAUGUUGCUUUUGACGGAUAUAAAGUCGAUUUCUCUAACUGAACAUGACCAAAAAGGCCAUAAAAACCCACAUAUAGUGCAGUGCUAAUUAUUAAAGGGACACUGCAGGCACCCAGACCACUUCUGCCCAUUGGAGUGGUCUGGGUGCCAACUCCCACUACCCUUAACCCUGCAAGUGUAAUUAUUGCAGUUUUCAUAAACCUCUCCUCUAGUGGCACUUCUGUGUUUAUAGCACAUGAAAAGUGUGCUAUACCGUUGCUGGAUGUCCUCACGCUAUGUGAGGACCUCCAGCGUCGCUGAAAUCCCUAUAGGAAAGCAUUGAAACAUUCUUCAAUGCUUUCCUAUGGAGAGGUCUAGUGCGUGUGCGCAGCAUUGCUGCGCAUGUGCAUUAGGUCUUCCCCGCCGACGGCCGCGCAUGCUCAAUAGGUCGGGGGAGAAGCGUGGGCGGAUCCUGACCCAGCGCCCAGGGACAUCGGUGCUCAAUACAGGUAAGUCACUGAAGGGGUUUUAACCCCUUCAGCAACUUGGGAUGGGGUGUGGGAGGAGAGGGGACCGGUUGGUUUUCCUGGCAUUGGAGAGUCCCUUUAAGAAUGCUCAGUAAUUAACAAGUUUGUAAGACGCAAAUAAACAGUCUGUUGUAUUUUGCCCCUCAAGUCUGUGGUUGUGGUUCCUCUUUUAUUUGCUGAAGUGAGAUUCUCUGUCUGCUCUGUCUCUGUUCUAACAUUACGAACUUGAAAGGAGAAAUUUGUCCAAGAAAACCAUUGAAGUCCAUCAGAACCAAUGCUGCCAGGACAAACAUGGCAUUGUUUUCACCUUCGGAUUGACGUUGACCAUAACACCAGCAAAGGUUGAAAGGUUACCGGGCUUGCCAGUUUUACGGAUGGUAGAAUUAAGGAAUAUUGUUAUCAAGGAGAGGCAGAGUUCUGUUCAUUUCUUCUCAGCGGCGUUAACAGAUUUUACAGCUCUGCACUAAUAUAUAUGAUUUUUUAAAUUUUAUUUAUCUAUUUUUUAGGUUCUUCUAGUUAUCUGGACUUCACAAAACCUGCUGUACGAGACUGGUACUCUUCUCAAUUUGCACUAGAUGCCUAUAAAGUAAGUUUUAGGUUUUGAUAUAGUAUUUUUUUUUGCUCAAAUACUGAUUAAAUAAAAAAUAAAAUAAAUUAGAAAUCAGCGAAGAAAGUCUCUGGUAAACAGUUAGUAUGAGUGUAUCAAGUGUGCAGGUGCUCAUCAAGUUCUACCAACAAUUUUCUACAGCACAUGGGUCCAUUAUUUAAACCCAUUUAGCACCCUGCCUAUGUUGACAGCAUGAAUCCCGUAAGAUAAGGUUGCUGAUAAAAGGAAAACUAGCUGAGCUAAGUAGUGUCUAUCUAUAAAAAAAAACAUUAUACAAUUGGAACAGUGGAAUAUAAGUUUAAAUCUUUGAUUUAAUUAUCCCAUAUACUUUUUGGACCACACCUAUAUAUGCUUUUUUUUGUUUAUAGCGACUCCGAUUCAUUAGGGAGCCUAUAGUGCGAGGAAAACAAAGUUGUUUUUCUGGAAAUAUAGCUCCCUAUAGUCCCCUCCCCAUCCCCCUGUAUUGCAGAAGGAGUUAAAUACCCCUUUAUCGAGCGCCGAUGUCCCACUUGAGGUUGAGUUAACCCUGGCAGGUAAUUAUUUCAUUAAAACUGCAACAAUUACCACUGCAGAGUUAAGGGACUUGGGACAGUGCUCCCAGACCCAUUCAAUGAGCUGAAGUGGCUUGGGUGCCUAUAGUGUCCCUUUAGUAUUCCACUAGGUGGAGCUGGACACUAGUAGAUUGUAUUCUAAGUUGUUCACUGAUGUGAGGAAGUACAAAAAAAUAAUUUUAUUUUUCAUUUCCUAAAAUUAAAUGUGAGAAAAAGGUUUUUUUUUUUCUUUUUUAAAUCUCAGAUACACCAUUCAGUUAGUUAUGUUCAUGUCACCGAGCAACAGAAAAUAUAUCUGUAUUUUCUAACUUGCUCACUUUUACAAUUUAAAGGGGCACUCCAGCCCCCAUAAAGCACUUUAGCUUGCUGAAAAGAUUGAUGUGCGAAGAGUGUGUCCUCUUUAUUUCAUUUUGGAAAAAGUGCUGAUUUCAACAGAAAUUUCGGAAAUGUCUCAAGCAAUAUUCUCUUAUCUAUGUAUUAUUUGCACAUUAUUCAUUGCCCAUACUGUUGUAUGCUUAUUAUUUGUAAACCUGGAACAAUAUUUCAACAGCCUUAAUAGGUGUCCGCAUUGCCUAGUAGGGCAAAUAAUAAAUAUACAAUUGUUUAUUUACUAAAAUAGGAAUUGUGUCGUGUUACACAUUUUAGCCAAAAUAGCCAAGCUGGAAAAAUAGCUGAAUUAGAGAAAUUUUAAAUGCAGUUCUGGCCCAAUAUAUUCCCACUGUGUAAAUAACACCUUCAUAAAAUAAACGUACACUCGAUUACUCGCUAACGUGAUUGUUCAGAAGCAAGUUCUCAAAGUUGAGUCGUAACCAUGGAAACCAGUAAAAUAUUCCUCCACUUUUAGAAUUUUGACCCAGAAUUUCUGUUUAUACAUAACCCGUUGUGUACAGUGCACCAUUCCAUGUCAACAAGUCAACCCUACACAAAGUUACAAGUCCUCUCCUACUAUUGGAAAAUGCUUUAGAAUGCUUGCAAAUGCUGAAGAAUUAGGAAGAUUUCAUGUUUGUUCUCAAGCUGAAACCUAACAUGGACAUUAGGCUGCAUUUCAUUUAAUUCUAUGGCUAUACCUCCUUUAUCCCAGGGUUCUACUGAUGCUCUUUUUGUUUGGAAUGAUAUGAAUGAGCCCUCUGUCUUUGAGUCUCCAGAGAUGACCAUGCCAAAGUAUGUAGUGCAUCACCAGAGCUGGGAGCACCGGGAUGUCCAUAAUCUCUAUGGCUUCUAUCAGGUAAGACUGACUAGUUUAGAAAAUAAACUGUGUACGUUGUGGGGAUAUUUAUGGGAUAAUAAUAGUAACAGUUGAGAAUUGCCCACUAAUUCAAUUCUCAGAUCCCAAAGAACGUUUAUCGUAAGUGAAUGUAUUUCAUAUAAUAAUAUCACAAUGUAUAAAAAUAGGUUUUUAUUUAUAAUGACAAAUUAAUUAAUAAUAAUAAUAAUAAUAUGUAACAUGCGUGACAAUAAUCAAUGAAUAUCCAGUAUAAAAUGAUAUGCAAUACAAAGGAAUGGGUAUUACGUUUCAAUGGCUAAAACAGCAUUUCCUGUCAAGACUUUAUUUAUGACUAUCUUUAACACAGACUUAAAGUGAAACUUUUCACAGCAAAGAACAGAAUUCCUCAGAGUGCAGCGUAAGGUCGUAAAGUUUGGCAGACAGUUAGAAUAACCCUUUCAAUGCUGGCUAGAUCUCCUAGGUAAUUAAGAUCUAUUCUUAUGUAAUUUUAAAUAAAAUAACAUUUAAACCAGUUCAUUAGUCAUUUCCUGGAACCAUCCAAUAAGAGAAUCUACCAUGAUUAUAUAAGCAGACUUUGUUUUUAAUUUGUCUAAAAGAUAUCUUAUCUUAAUUUAGAGCAAAUCAAUACACCUGGAUAACAACAGCAGUAUGCUACCACGUGAUAAUAUCACAUCAAUAUAUAAUUAUUCUUAAUUCCACCUGCAGAAUGGAAUGUUUAUAACUAUAUAUUCUUUAGUUAACUAAGAUUUCUUAAUAUGGAAAUCUGACCGUGCUUUAUCCAGUCAUAUAUAAUGCUAUUAAUACAUUUUAAUUAAUUUAAUUAAUUAAAUGAAACCAGUAUAAUUACCAGUUGAGUAGAUAUUUCAUCCGAUUGGUAGAUAGUUUUAGGAACCUAUUUGGAUUUCUCUCUGCAUGGAGGUGUGUAGAUAAUAGUGAAAGGUGGUGUUGGUUAGAAAGUCAGUAAAAUUCUAAGUGUUAGAGUUUUCAGAGUAGAGUGUUAGUCUCAGAUGUUGUGAGUUGGAGUCCCCAAACUUCCAAUUCCUCUCUCCUCUUUUUCCUUCUCCUUUGCCUCUCUUGCAUAUCUCUAUCUUCCCUUUGUCUUAACUUUUAAAGGGCCAGACUCUCUGUACGUCAUCAGUUGAUAACCCAAUAGAAGCACUAGAGGUGUGGUUAUCUUCCAGAUCGCAAUUUAGGUAUUUGGUCUGUAGAGGGCAGUCUUGUCCCACUAAACAUACCUAUCCAGGAAAGAGUUAACUUUUCCUGGUGGCUAUUUUGACGUCAUUUUGGCCUAUCUAGAUAGUGGCCAUAACUUACGUAUCCUUCAAAGAUCAAAGGGUUUCUUUAAGUUUUGUCCAGACUGUGUGUCUGGCAAUCUGAGUUUUGACCCGUAACUUACAAUGGGACCUUAUAUGUAUAGACAGUUAAAUUUUAUUAUUUAAUCUUCUCUGUCACAAUUGUCUGGGUUUAGAAUUGAUUAUAUUCUUCUUAUCACUUGUUUAUACUAUGCAUUCCUUUUAGCUCUGACAAAGUGGCUAGUCUUACAUAAAGAAAUCUAGUGUCUUUUUGUUAACUUGAAAAUAACAAAAUGGAGUCUGGUCUGUUCAGAGUGACUCAGAAUAUACACUUUUAAUUUCUAUCAUAGCACAAAAUGUCUGCCGAUAUAAAUACCCUGACAACGUGGCUGUGAACAAAUUGGCUAAAAGGUGCAUUAAACUUGGUUUGCAACCUGAAUUCUUUAUAAAUUAUUAUUGUAACACAUUAUUUAGAGCAUAUUAUUAUUUUCAAUUAAUCAAAAUUGUGUAAAUUGAGCCAUAAUUCCCUUUUGAAUUUAAUUUUGUUUUCCAUCAUGGAGAUAGCCAUUUUAGAAUUGGAUUUAAAUAUUUAAAACCUCAAAUACAAUUACAGCAAAAUAAAAUGCAAUAGAAAACCUCUAUGGCCAGCAGCCACUCAGAAGAAAGAUUUCUUCAGUUGAGCUGAUUAUCUCCGAAUUCCACUGUGCAUGGAAGAGAAGUGCAUUUAAAAAAAAAAAAAACUUUUAUUUGUUUGAUUUAAAAAAAAAAAAGAAAGCUUAAACAUAUUUUAAUAAUCCACACAAUGUAUAGGCAAUGACUCUAUGAUGGAUCAAUUUACAAAAAAAAAAUGUAAAAAACUAAAAAGUCAAAUUUAAACUUUGUGCUUGUACUAUGUAAGAAGUGUUUAAUUCGUUCAAAGAAUUUUAAGAUACCUCUGAACAAAGCAUCUUUCAGAUCUCUUUCUUAUAAGCAAAAGCAUGCAUAUCAGAAUAUCCAUGGCUAGGUGCAUGCCACGUGUCACAGGUUGAGCAUUCCAUACCCUAUGCUCUUCUUUGUAAUUGUUUGGCACACUGAACACCGGAAUUGCAUUGACUCGCAAGGUACAGUAAUGAGUGAUCAAUAUUCACUCUUAUAAUGUGUGCUACACACAUAAGCUAAGCCACAGCGAAAUAUAGCAGAGCAAUAUAAAUAACUGUAUGAUUAGCCAUUGUGCAAAAUCACCCCCAGGACAGAACAUCGAGGAAGAAGAAUAGGCAACAUGACCAGAGCGUUCAAUUCAUUCUCAGUCUCAUCACUGAAUUAAAGGAUUUUAAUAGGUCAGACUGAUAUUUGAUCUAAGUACAUCACCCCUACAUUUUGUAUAGCAAAGUCUUUAACUUAUAUGUAUAGAUAUACCAUGUAUUUGAGAUGUGGAAUGAUCUAUCGGGUGGAUUUUAAUUUUUGUUAAUGCAACCUGUUGAUUUAUCUGCAUUGUAUGUUAUUUUAAUGUCAUGUAACAUACAGUGCUAAUGUAUUUAUGCUCAGUUUUUUUUUACCUCUGGUAUCAAUUGCCAAUACAAUAAACAUUUAUUGAACACAAAUAUGGGUAUACAAGACAACAAUAAAUUAAAAAUAAAAUAAAUAAACUAAUUUGCAUAUGUAACUCACCUUAAAGCUCUUGUUAAAUAGCAAAUGUCCACUUCAGAGGGCUUGAUUCGGCGGUCUGGAGGUCAGGAACGACCCUUUGUACUGACAAGAUCUUUUUUUGCGGGUUCACAGAGAUAUGGUGAGUUUGACCAUUUUCACAUAAUAUGCGGAAAUAGCUCAUCACAUGGUGGCACCAGUACUGCAAAAGGUGGCAUAAAUGUGAAGAAUAAUUGGACUGUUCUAGAUUUUAUAUAACUGUGUGGGUUAAAGGGACACUCCAGACACCCAGACCACUUCUGCCCAUUGGAGUGGUCUGAGUGCCAAAUCCCACUAUCCUUAACCCUGCAAGUGUAAUUAUUGCAGUUUUCACUUCCGUGUUUAUAGCACAUGAAAAGUGUGCUAUAGCGUCGCUGGACAUCCUCACGCUAUGUGAGGACCUCCAGCGUCACUGAAAUCCCCAUAAGAAAGCAUUGAAAGCAUUUCUCAAUGCUUUCCUAUGGGGAGGUUUAAUGCCACGCAUGCUCAAUAGGUCUCCCCCGCCGGAUGGCGUUGGUGGGGGAGGAGUGUGGGCGGACCCUAAACCAGCGCCGAGGGACAUCGGCGCUGGAUACAGGUAAGUCACUGAAGGGGUUUUAACCCCUUCAGCAACUUGGGAUGGGGGGUGGGAGGGAGAGGGGACCUGCAGUGCCAGGAAAACGGUUUGUUUUCCUGGGACUGGAGAGUCUCUUUAAAUGGAAUCUGAGACUUAACAUGUGGAAAUAAAGAAAGUGAUUUUGAAUGACUGGGUGGGAGAAGCAAGGAGACAGAGAAGGAAGGGGGUUUGGGAUGUGAGAGCGUCAGUCACUAAUGGGACAGGUUUUAGCAAGAUUAGAGAGAUGGUCAUUUUCAUGACCAGGGUCUCACACCGUAUCAGAGUGUGUAUCAGAGUUUUGGAGCUGAUCAAUGAGUUUUUGUUAUGCUGUAUAUGUAUCAAAUCUUUUAUAGAAGUGCAAGAGAUUCUAGCAGUGCUUAGCAAUAUGUGAGCUGCAGUGCAGAUUCUGUGAUAUAGUUUCAUAGAGGGCCUGGGGGUGUGAUGACAUAACCUUUCUCUUUCACAGAUUUAUUGAAAAAUCAGUAAAUAAAUGUUUCUUACUGAAUCAUGUCCUCUGUGUUCUUUGAUCAGACUCUGUCUAAAUACAGAAUUCUUCAGCUGAAUAUGAUUCACAUAUUGAAAUGUUUGCAAGAGUAAAAGAAAAGAAAUGUUAAUUUUAGGGGUGGAGAUGAAAUGUCGCACCUGUUUGUUUUGUUUUUCCUUCCUUUUUAUUGUUUCAUGUAUCUGCCUUAUGUCUGUGUUUAGAAAACAUAUGUCUUCUGUGUUUAUAUAGUUAUUAUUUUUUUUCUUAAUUGUUUAUGGAAAGAAAUCCUAAAACAGGAUUUAACAUAUUUCAGGUGCGGUUUGGACUGGAGACAACAAGGCAGAAUGGCAAUAUCUUAAAAUCUCGAUUCCUAUGCUUCUCUCCCUUAGUGUGGCCGGUAUUUCCUUCUGUGGAGGUAAAAGACACACAUGUACCUCUUGAUUAUAUGUAGACUGUACAAACAAAGGAUUAUGAGUAAAGACUUCACAUUCGCACACAUGAAGCAACCGAGCCAGUAAAAUCACUGUACGCUAUGUCAAACAGUGCAGGCUCAAUGAAAAUGUCACAGUUAUGAGAGAUAAGUGGGAGACUGUGAUCUAAUACAUGUUAGGUCUCACAACCCAAUUCAGGUAAACUUAAUUAGUAUAUUUUGUAAUGUACAUAUGUAUAUGAGUGCAUAUGUAAAUGUGUUCCAUCGGUGUACAUAAAUUUACUUUUUGUUGUUGUUAAUAUAAAAUAUAGGAUUCAAAACCAAAUAUUUCCACACCUCUCCCCAAAAGUCUAUAUAAAAAAAAAAGAUGCCUUGAAAUAUUCAAUAGGGGGGAAACACAUACUUCGAAAUGUCCUGUUUAUGAAACAGACCCUCAGCAUUGGCUAUUUCAGCAGAGACCAGGAAAUUACCUCUAAGCCUAUCCAGGUCAUCCCAUUGUUAGAAAUGCUGAACCAAUGCGAUAUGGGACAUAUAUUAAACACAACUUGUAGUUUAGGGGAAUUGUCGUGCACUUCUCAGCGUAUUGUUAAAAGCUCUACUCUGCUUAUAGAACCUGGAUGAUAGUAAGUUUUGAAUAAGUAAACAAAAGAAUGUGAAUGAAGCUAGUUUUCCAAGUUUAACAGAAGCAUUUGGGCAGCUUGUAUUAAUUUGGACAAAUUUAUUCAUUAGGGUUUUCACACUACGUAUUAGUCUCUCUUCCAUGUAGGUUGCAAUGCUGCUGCCCAUCCCAUGUGUUCCCUUUUUAGGGUUAAUAAGCAUGUAGGGAUGUGUAUAAAAAAUAUCCCUUUUUGUCUCAUUAGAGAUAUUUUUGCCAGAAGCUCAAGGAAGCAAGGCGAAUGAUUAGAGUUAGAACCCACCUAAGAGGUCUGCCUUGACGUGGCAGGUGGGCAUACCCUUUCAUGGCCAUUGGAGGUAACUAAAAACCUCCAUUUGUUUAAAAAUACAUAGGGAUGUGGAAAGAGCACAGGUAACUUUUUAUCUUUGGUUUUUACUAUAUGUAUUUUGGCUGAUGUGUACUAUAGUCAAUGCUGCUGCCCAGGAGUAAUGGGAGUUUGAGCGCAGGACUAGUUUCUUUGUAUUUGCUUCCAUGUACAUGUAGAGUUGCUGUACAGCUCUGUCGAUGUAGGCUUUUAAAGCGCUGUACAUAUAAUGCAAUUCUCAGACAGUUCUUGCUCUGUCUGGCGUGCAUUCCAUGGAUUAACAAGCAACAUACAAAUGAUUCCUUAUACUUCUUGCUAUUUUCACAGCUGAUGUUGGCGGCUUUGUUGGUGACCCAGAACCUGAGCUCCUUGUCCGAUGGUAUCAGGCUGGCUCCUUCCAACCAUUUUUUCGUGCUCAUGCUAUUCGUGACAGCAAGCGCCGUGAGCCCUGGCUAUUUGGUGAAGGCAAUACUUUGUUGAUAAAGAAGGCAAUAGAGGAGCGAUACACUUUGCUUCCAUACUUGUACCUACUUUUUUACCGGGCACACGUGUCUGCUGAACUGGUGAUGAGGUGAGCUUUCCUACCAGUACCUUUAGUUAAAGCAAUGUCUUCUAUAACUGCCCACCAGUAAAAUAACUUGUUUCUUUGCAUUACUCACAGACCCUUCUGGGUAGAAUUUCCCAAGAAUCCCGAAACAUUUGGAGUGGAGAGCCAGUACAUGUUAGGUAAGAUUUGAAGGAAAAAAAUUACAACAAUGUAAUGGAUUUAAGACCAUAAAGUUCCUGCCAAUAACUUCAGAGAGAGGAGAAUGUCUGUUUCCUGUGGGUGUAGCUUUGUCUUGCUUGUGAAGUAAUCUAAAGUCCUUGUUGAGAAAUUGAUGAUGUGUCUUGUGUCAAAUGUAGUCUCUGUAAUUUGAAAGGAAGAAUAGAGUUGAUUGGAGCAAGACAGUUGUACAUAGGACUAGACAAGAAUUCAAUUUUUGCAACUUUCAAUUCUAUGAUGUAAAAUCCAUUUUAUUAAACAAAAAGCAAAUGACAAACUUAAUCGAAUACAAAGCAUGUCUCUCGCAGGUAGUGCUCUGAUGGUUGCCCCAGUUUUGGUUCCUGGAGUUUCUUUUCUAGAUGUGCUGUUUCCUGGCCCUGGAGAGGUAUGAUGUGGAUAUCCUAUCAGAUGCUUACUAAAGAUUCUCUAGUAGCAGGGUGUACUAAAUUGGAGAUCUUCCACUCUAGCUGGACAAAUUGUUUUAUUUCAAGGUAUAACACGGAAAACAUGAGCUUCUGUGCAAAGUCAAGAAAUCACAAAUGGGUACUUGUCCAGGUUAUUCACCAAUUUAUGGAAUUCAAAGUGAAUUUCAACUUUUAAUAGCCACAACUAAAAACAUAGCAAACUUGGAGAUUUUUUUUUUCCAGCUAUUUUGGUGUAAAAUUUGAUUUUACACCAAAUUCCCAACAAUGCCAACUCUAUAAUAAAUGCACUCAUGCACAAACAUACACACAGUUUACUAUGUUUGCGUUUUGUAUAAAUUGACCAUGUCGACAGCACCAUCACUAUUAAGAAAUGCAUUUUAAGGGUUGUAACAUCAGGAACUGUGCAAAACUUUUUUUGUUUUUUUUUCCAUUACCCGUUUUAUGAGGAAAAAAAAGUGGAUUUAGCUUUAAUUUUAUUUAUUUAGAUUUAAAAAUAAAAUCAUGUAAUUUUGCAAUGCAAUGAUAUGGUUACGGUGCCCUAAGUUCAGUGGCACUUUCUUACCUUUAAAUGCUGAUCCGUUUUGUAACGGUUUAAGACUUAAGUGGAGUUCUCGUCUCAUAGUCUUUGUAAAUGCAGAAGCUCUCAGCAGCUCAUAGCGAGUAGUGCUUUAGAAAAUACAUACUUUUCUGAAGCACAAUAUCUGAACUCCAAGCAACAUAAUCAAUUCAUAGUUACAUAGUAGUGAAGGUUGAAAAAAGACUAAAGUCAAUGAAGUUCAGUUUGGUCACAUGAAAUGCUUUUGGUGCCCAGAGUGGUCCUUUAAUUUAUCCUAAGCUAAUGUGCUAGAUAUGCAUUCCUAAUACAUAUAAAUGUAUAUUUAUUUAUUUAAAGGAUCACUAUAAGUUCAGGAACACAAACAUGUAUUCCUGACCCUAUAGUGUUAAACCCACCAUCUAGACCCCCUGGGCUCCUCAUGCUUCCAUAAAUAUAGCAAAAUCUUACUGUAUUCAAGCCUGAAGCUGUAGAUCUGCAUGCUGUUUGCCUCAGAAAAACAAGCUGUCUGCUGACAUCAUCAGAAGUGGUGGCCUGAUCCAAUCACAGUGCUUCCCCAUAGGAUUGGCUGAGACUGACAAGGAGGCAGAUCAGGGGAAGAGCCAGCAUGAUUUAAACACAGCCCUGGCCAAUCAGCAUCUCCUCAUAGAGAUGAAUUGAAUCAAUCAAUCUCUAUGAGGAAAGUUCAGUGUCUGCAUGCAGAGGGAGGAGAUAAUGAAUGUUUGGAUGCAUUUUAGGCAGCCAUGACCAAGGAAGGAUCAAUAACAGCUAUCUGAGGAGUGGCCACUGAAGUUAUCCUUAGGCUUUAAUGUAAACACUGCAUUUUCUCUAAAAAGACAGUGUUUACAGCAAAAAGCCUGAAGGUAAUGAUUCUACUCACCAGAACAAAUUCAAUAAGCUGUAGUUGUUCUGGUGACUAGUGUCCCUUUAAAUGAACUCUGUAAUGAAGAGAUUAAAAAGGAUAUAUGGUACCCGGACAACUUCUCUGAUCCACUCUUUUAUGCUCUAAUUUUUGUCAUUCUACAGCUCUGGUAUAACUUCAGAAAUUACAAGUGCAUCAAGGGGCAGCGUAAACAGAAAGUGGGUGUAACUCUGGAUGAGGUGAGUGAGGCUCACACAUUUUUACUUUUAAUUGCUUUAGAAUGUUUUAUUAUUAUACAUUAGUAUUUUAAAUCAAAUUAUUAUCUAUUGUGAUGAGGUAAACAGCACAAGUUAUUAAGUUUACAUAUGAAGUAUGAUGUAUGCACCCUUACAUUUCGACUAGUUUUAUUGUGGUUGUUCCUAUAAUGCUGGGGUGCCCAAACGGUAGAUCCCUAGAUGUAGUAGAACUACAACUUCCAUGAAGCUUUGCAUGACUUUAGAAUGCCAUGGCAUCAUGGAAGUUGUAGUUUUAAAACAAACACUAGUGUUCUUCUACCUUUUAGGCAUUCCUGCUAUAAAGCCAUUUCCUUGAUUUGCAGAUCCCAGUUUAUCAACGAGGUGGCUCCAUUAUUCCCAUGCACACAGCUGUAGGCAAGUCAACAGGCUGGAUGGAGGAAACACCAUAUAAGCUGUAUGUUGCUUUGAACUCAAAGGUACAUUUUACCCUUUUUCUAAUAUGAUCAAUGUCCUAAUCAUCAGGGCUUUUUUGUUCAUAAUUGCGCCUAGUUACAGUACUUUUAAAAUUCAUCAUUUACAUAAAAUUUCAUUUUUAUUGAAACUUGUCCCAGGAAGUGACCUGUGGCGAAAAAACGGUUGUUAGCAUAUUUCCAAGAAGGUUCAAAAGACACUUGUUUUGAUCUGUUUUGCAUUGUAGUGUAAUAUAUCUAUAACAAGUCUGUUUGUUUGUGUUAUUAAAACAUCAUAUUGUAUUUGUUGCUUUUUGUGUAUGCCUAUUAUAUAAAUAAAUUAAUCACAAAAGACAAAGGGACACUAUAGUCAACUACAGCUUAUUGUAUUUGUUUUGGUGGGUGUAAUCAUUACCUGCAGGAUUUUUGCAGUAAGCACUGUAUUUUCAGAGAAAAGGCAGUGUUUACAUUACAACCUUGGGACACCUCCAUUGGCCACUCCUCAAAUGGCUACUAGAGGUGCUUCCUGGGGAAGUGCUGCUCUCCACGCUUUUCUAUGGGAAAGAAUUGUGAUUGGCUGGAGGGGGUGGGGGUGAGGCAGAGGGGCAUUAUAGUGUUUUUAACACUUUAGGGUCAGAAAUACAUGUCUGUGUCCAUGACCCUAUAGUGUUUCUUUAACAUGGUAUGUUUCUUCUUUUCAAAGGGUUCAGCUUCAGGAGAGCUCUAUGUAGAUGAUGGACAUUCCUUCAAGUAUCAGCACGAUCGAAUGUUCAUUUACAGGCAUUUUACUUUCCAGAAAAAUGUCCUGUCGUGCAAGUAAGUGCAACAACCUUGAUUAGUUGUUUAACUAGUUUCAGUUCACCUUAUUGUAUGCUGUUAACUUGUAAACGUAUUCACUUAUCAUUGUGUAAACCAUGCUGAAUCCUAUCACUGAAUUAAUUCAUUUUACAGGCAUAUCACCAUAUGUGUCAAAGAUGAAUUCCCCAUAUAAGUAAUGUAACUAUAUACCUAGAGCUGCAGUCUGGCUGCAGUUAAUCACAUCUCCAGCAGAGUACAGACCUGCAGUUUACAAAAAUAGUAGGCCUGAAGAAUGGUUUGUUUAUUCCCAGUUUUACAUGACUUUCUUUUUAAUAAUACUGCAUUUGGGACAUCAAGGAUUAGUUGGUUGAAUCAUUCUAAGGCUCUGCUGCACAUGACAUCUUUAGUAAUACGUAUAGCUCUGUUUUACAAUAUUUUGUUGUAACAAGUGGCCAACACAGUAGGGAACACAGUCAUUAAUUCACACAUACAGGGCAAUGUUGGCUAUUGGUUAUAUAGAGCUUUUCACAAGUAGUGAACAGGGUAACAGAAAGUGUAUUGCACCAUCAGUGCAUGCACCUUCCCAUUUUGUUAAUAGGAAACUCUUUAUUCAGUUUGCCCACUCAUUACCAGUUAAUUUUUAUGGCCAGUUAACUCAUUAAUUGCUUCUGGGUAUUGAAUAAAAUCUGGAGUAGUUUAUUAAAUUUAAUAUUAAAAUAUGGGGGAUGAAGGGCAAAACUCAAGUCCCUUUUGAUUUGUGCAAAGCCAUGUCACCUAGACAUCCCUAAAGUCUUGCCCAUAUCAGCUGGAAACAAGGGAAGUCAGCAUACAUAAAUAUCUUUAGAGUUUACAAAGUGUUCGAUAUUUUAAGUACAUGUAGAACAGUGAUGCACAUUUUAAAAUAUUUAGGAGUAUUCUAGUCACAACAAAAAAAAAAAAACUGUGUCCCAUUUGCCAUGUCCAUCAGGUCUGCCGAAAACACGGGGCAUUUUUCUAGAGAGUGCAUCCUGAAGAAGGUGCUGGUUAUGGGUCUAAAGAAAAUGCCUUCUGAGGUCAACAUCAUCAGUCCAGGUAGGGAAUUCCUAUUUAUAAGGCUUACAAAAAAGCAUUCUGAUCUUGGAGUUUUUUGGGUUUUUUUUUUUUAGUAGAUCUACUGUUUGCCAGUUUAUUUUAGUGUUCUGAAUAUAUAACAAACCUCCAGGAGAACAUAUAUAUGGAAAUUAUAGCACAAAGGCAGCUCACCUGAAAGAUCAAUGGCCUGAAUUCUGUUUUGCUAUCUUAUGGGACAUUGUUGCUAUGAGAGUAAGUAAAUGGGUUAUUGCAAUUAUGUACUUUACCUUUAAUUAUCCUUGGAUGUAAUAAUGCUUGGAAAGCUUGAGCAAGAAACAAUGUGUAAGUGCUUUCGAAUAUGAGUAAGCAUUCUAGUGACUGCUUUGAACGGAAUGAUAAGGACUUCAAAUGUCAGGUAAUAAUUACAGCACAGAGACAUUACAAAGCAUUUUUUUUUUUUUUUGAAACAGUAGAAACAGAAAAAAGCACAUCAAAUAAACAUUUGAACACUUUGGAAGACACGUGGUGCUUUUUUUCUACUUUAUUAAUGGAGGGAGUAAACAAAAUUAAGUAACCUCCUGCACACAUGUAUAAAUCACAGGACACACAAACAAUAGAUGAUGUUAUGUAGGCACAAGUGAUAUGCUCAUACAGCUUGGGGAGGUGGAAGAGGAGGAGUGGGUCAGUGUUGAGCAACAGCACACAUACACAUUUUCGUUUUACUCCAUGAUAUAGAUUUAAUUGCUUUUCCUAAGAUUCCAUUAGUCCAUGUAAAGGCCCGAAUGGAACCAGCAUGUAAAUAUCAAUGCUUCCUGGUUCUUUGCCAAAAGACUUUUCAUCAAGUGAACUAUCUCCCUCCAUCCAUCCUGAAAUGUUAGAGCCAUUUCUUGUGAUUAAGGAACAAGGCAUGCUGAGGAAGCAAGUCAGUAGGUGCUUUUUGUGUUUGGAAUCUGGACCCUUUCUGUAAAAAAAAACAAGGUUAACUUAUCUCUAAACCAGCGGCAAGAGGGUGACUCACAACAACUCUGUUUUCCAAGAGCUCAGCAGUGCCGUCAAUCCUGUUGGGAUUUGGGGACAGGGUGUAUACGUAGUAAUCGCCGUGAUCCUUGAGAGUAGCUUUUCCUUCUGUUUUAUGUUGAGUCAAAAAGCAACCAGGAAGAGCAUUAACCUGUGUUUCUGACUGACAAUUGCUAGGUAAAAUAUACAACCUCAAUGAAAGGGUUCUUUGGUCUUUAAAUUAACAUUUUUAAAAAAAAUGUAAAAGAGGGGACACUGUUAACACAUAGAGCACUUCAGAAAUGUAUGGAACUCCCAUCUAGUGCUGAACUACAUGUUCCACAAUCCUCUAUGUAGGGGGUUGCUGAAUAGGCUCAGCAGAAUCUGUGAAAUCAAUGUGCCAGGAUUGGCUAAGAAGUUUUAUUCACUUCCUGGUUUGAGGAAAGCUCGUCAAAGAAUAUGUAAGUGUAACGGAACUCCCCGUACUCAGAGUACUUUCCGUUGAUGGAUGCUUCCUAGCUUGCCCCGAGGACCACAAGCACUGCACCAGACAUCACAGCUACCGCAGACUCCACAACCGCCGUAGCUUAACUAGAGUCUCGCCGUCUUCCUUCCACCCUGAAUCAGCCUCUGUCAUCCAGGACCGUGUGGUGAAGACCUUUCCUCCAGGAGAGCGUAUCAGGAACAAGUUCUUAAAAGAGCUUAGUGAUUAAAGCUCAGGGGAGUAUACAAGUAUAGCAAUCCCCAGUGUGAAUACAGCAGUUCCCCUCUAAUCACGAGACAAGACUACGUGUUGCGGGUCAAGAAGAUCUCACUCGAAUGAGCAUUUAUUCCUGCUUAUAUACAAGUUUCCCAGCAAGGUUACCACCCACGUGGACCUUGUGGGGCACUGAAACUGUAAACUUUGCAACCAAUCACGUACAGGCACAUAGAUAAUCACACCCACUUAUUACAGUAAGAAUCCUCCCCUCUGCUUGGGAGAUAAUUGAGUUAAUUAACUCAAUUAUCUCCAAGUUAAAACAUAUUUUUAUACAAUUUUUAUAACUUUGCGAGUUAACGUACAAUAUGAAUAAAACUUAUAUGUUUAUAACCAACAUAACUUGGGGAUAAACAUAUCCAAAAUUCACUUGAAUUUGUUAAGUGGUUCAGGAGAUAGGUGGAAGUUCUAUUUUGACCGCACGCACAUUUUCAUGCCCAAAAUAGUUCCAGAGAUUCAGGCUGUGCGGCUGGUCUAUUUCCCAUAGAAAAAUAACUAAGUCCCAUUCGAAUGCACGAACGGGCGCCGUUCGUGCAAAUAGUCCAGAGAAGGUAAGGGUCAGCGGUGUUCGUGCCGUUUUGUAGCCGAUUUCAGUUCCAUAGAUUUGGCUGCACACACCACUGACCGCGUUCAGCUGAAUAAAGACGGCGGCCACCCAGCGGUCGGCAAUUUACCUACAGAAACCUCCCAGCCUGGGAGGUAAAUUAGCCGCACGCUUCCACUUCUGGGUGGUUCGCCUGUGCAGUAAAUGGCUCGGUAAGCCCCAAUUACCUAGCCAUAAGGGAGAAAGCCAUGUAAAAGUUAUUUCCACAGUCUGGGGACUCUGGGGACACAGAUUUAAAGGGGCAUUGUUCCAAUUUUCACCAUGUCCCAAAAAAUGUACUUAAAGGGCUAGCACCAGUCCAUGAAAGUCCAUAAGCCCCAAUAAUGGUUUUUAAAGGGCCAUACACCCCCGGGCAGGAGGCUGGCAAGCAAGCCUCUCCUGGACCAAGUGGCGAAGGGCACUUCGUCACAGUAAGUUCUGAAGAUUUGCAGUAAACACAGAAACCUUGGAACAGAUUGCUUUGUGAUGUCCAGAGUUGCUAUUAUUUUCCUGUACUCUGUGUUCUCCCUUCAUGCUUAGGCCUUUGGGCUGCAUCUCCUUUCCACAUUUUCUCUCAUAUGCACUAUCCCGAGGGUUUGUUCAUUACAUUGUUCUGCAUGUCUCUUUUGAUGAGGAGUGGUAUUGGUUGGUUGUGAUGUUUCUUCUCCCAAGGGGACACUGUUAUGAGCACACCCAAUCUCUGUCUCUCUGACGGCAUGCCAAGGAAGCUUAGAUUUAAAUGAAUAAAUGGGAUUGACAAUCCAUCCCCAUACAGUACCAUUCCUGAUCUUUACUCAUUUCAUGUGAAAUAUAUAGAAUUACUGCACAGUGGUUUCAAUGCAAUGUAAGGACUGGCAUCCUCUUAAGAGAAGUACUAUUAUUUUGAAAAGGCAGUGCAUUCAUAGGCUUUCAUCCCAAGUUAGGGGAUUCCAAGUACAUCAUCACUACUUUGUUCUCUAAUAAAUAUGUAAAUGAUUUACAAAUGUCACACUUGCAUUCUUCUCCUCACAAUGUUUCUACAACUACUUACCAAUGUUUCACCUCUGUGUGUUCUACAAUAGGAAAGGAGAAGACACAAGUGACCUUCACCUACAGCCACAAGCUGGGUCUACUGACCAUGGAGAGUCUUUCUCUGGAUGCAUCUGCUGACUGGGAGAUUCAUAUUGUCAGCUCCUAAUGUUCAAAGAUGUCGCUGCUGCUUUUUUUCUUUUAAAUUAUAUUUUUAAAAGUAAUUUUAACAAGAUGUAAUCAAUUAUUUUUCAAGUUUUAAUUAAAUUAUCUAUUUUACAGUAAUACUUAAAA